AUGCUUGUUACAUCAGAACACUCUACCAUCUGUCAUGAAGUGGAUGCAAACGAAUUAACAGGUUUAUGUUCAGUCGGUAAUGCUGAUCCAUGGGCUUUAUUUGGCUUCAUUAUCGUACCAAAAUUGAUUUUUGUUGUGGUUGGCAGUUGUUUGAUUGUGGCUGGUUUCUCAAGUAUGUGCCGAGAACGUGAUUCUUUUAGGAGACGAGGAACAGAUACAUCAAAACUGGAGAAGCUAAUGGUGAAAAUGGGUAUCUUCAGUGCGCUUUAUAUAAUUCCAGCAAUAACAAUAAUUAUUUGCGACAGCUACCAUAUGUUCAUUCUGAUGCAGUGGCAUCCAGCAACUAUUGCUUGCAAAAUACAUGGCGGAAUAGAAAAGGGCCAUUGUAAAAGGCCUGCAUUACCGCAGGUUGAAUUGUAUUUUUUGAAUAUAUUCAUGUCAUUGGUAAUUGGCAUUUCAACAGGAAUGUGGACUGUUUCUUCGAAAACAUUCCAUUCCUGGCAACGAGCUAUCUGUUGCGGUCUAUGCUCCACAGCGCCUGCGAAAUAUGGUUCUGGUGGUGGAGUGACCAGUUCGCUAACCAAUUCUGCGACACUUGGAGCUGCUAAUCGACCGCUUAUCCCAACAGCAAAUCCACCACCUGUUCCACCACCACAUCAUCAUUACAUGCCUAUGACCGUAUCUUCCUUACCACCAAGCCAUAUUACUGGGGCGCAAAAUGCUAUUUCUGCUGCUGCUUGGAAGCAAUCGAAAAUUAUGUAA